CGCCCGGGCCGCGCUGCCCCGCGGAGGGCGGCGGUUCCCAGCGCCCCCCCUUCGCCGGGCGGGGCGCGGGUGGCACCGACUCCGGCAGCGCGCACUCCGCCCGGCGCCGCCCGCCUCCAGCGCAGCCCCCGCGCCCGGCUUCCAGGGCGCAGGCUGCCCCUGACAUGCUCUGCCCCAGUCAGGAGGAGCCGUCGUGUUAGUGCCCCGAAGGCAAACGGACGCCUGGCUGGAGAGACAAGGAAAGGCUCUGCCGCCCGGCCCCAGCCCCAGCCCCAGCCCCAGGGUGGAGAUCAAGUGGCACCUGAUCCUAGCAGCCCAGCCCACAGCACUGGAUGAGAAUUCGGCUCUUGCCUAGAGCGCACUGAUCAGGCCCGGCAGCAUGGACUUCGUGAUGAAGCAAGCGUUAGGGGGGGCCACCAAGGACAUGGGGAAGAUGCUGGGUGGAGAGGAAGAGAAGGAUCCCGACGCGCAGAAGAAGGAGGAGGAGCGGCAAGAAGCCCUUCGCCAGCAGGAGGAGGAGCGGAAGGCCAAGCACGCCAGGAUGGAGGCCGAGAGGGAGAAGGUCCGGCAACAGAUCCGGGAUAAGUACGGCCUGAAGAAGAAAGAGGAGAAGGAGGCGGAGGAGAAGGCGGCGAUGGAGCAGCCGUGCGAGGGCAGCCUGACGCGCCCCAAGAAAGCCAUCCCGGCGGGCUGCGGGGACGACGACGAGGAGGAGGAGGAGAGUAUCCUGGACACGGUGCUCAAGUACCUGCCGGGGCCCCUCCAGGACAUGUUCAAGAAGUAACAGCCCCACGCCGCCCCCCCCCGGGCCCGUCCCCACACACCGGGGUGCACUGGGCUGGGGGGGGAUUUUCAUUUCUUUUAGUUCAUUUGAUUUUUGUUCCAACUGUUUCGAAGGGAAGAUCCCAGAUGUGUCCCCUGUGCCCAGAACCUCUCGCUGCUCCAGUGGGGCGAACGAGGCAACCAGACCAAAAACCACCCCCUGCCUGCUGAGCUCCGGGCAGCCGGAGCCCCGGGCUCCCCCUUCCUCCCUCGCCCCUCAGCCGUUCGGAGUCAGCGCUGUGUUGUGCCAAAGUGCCGGCCGGCUGCUUGGCAAAUCUCCCCGGGCGUGGGGGGCGAACUGGGACCAAAUUCACUGCAGUAACCUCACGUCAGGCGGAGGGUGGGGCAGCCGGCAGGGAAAGGCAGGGCUCUGCCCGUGCUCCAUGCCCCUUCUCUGCCCUUCACUAACUUCAGACAUUCCUCAGGCCCACGCUGCCUGCCUGCUUCCAGGGGCCAGGGACAUGGGGGCAGCAGGAGAGCACCCGCAGGCUGGGGGCUGUGCCCCCCGCGCCCUCCGGCCCCGCCUGGAAGCAGCCCAGGGAGCAAAGCAACCCCGGCCUGCUCCAGCUGGCGGGCGCGAGUGUCCUGCCGGGCCAGCUUCCAGGGGCUGGCGCGGAGGGGACAUGGUGGGCUACCGGGCUGGCUCCCAGCGGCGGCGCCCCACGGCUCUGCCCCCCGCCGCACUACCCAUUUCUGUCACCUUCUGUUUGGGCUUCAGGAAGGGGCUGCUGGGGCCGGCCCCUCCGCUGGUGCUGGGCAGACACAGGCUGCCCCUCGCCUGCCACAGCAAGCGCCGGGGACGGCCCUGGAGCAGGGGCUGCGGGACACAGAGGGACGCGUGGACUCCCCAGCUAACCCUGCCCUGGGGCAGCGGGCAGCUUGGUGGGGCUAGGGGUGGCUGGAAGGAAAGAGAAAGCCUUUUCGCCACUCUGCCCCUGCCCCAAACCCCUCCACAGGCCCGGGCGCGACCCCAGCCGGGCCUGUCCCCUGCACAGCCCAGCCGGGGGGGGGAGGGGGGGGCGUCCCUGGCCGAGCUCGGCCCUGGGGGGGUCAAGCCGGGCACCCUUUGCCAUAGUCAAGACCCUGCCCAUUAGGGCAAACGGUUGGGGAGGAGAUUUCUAAAAAACACAAGGGCCAGAGCUGGGCCCAAGGAACGGGGACGUCCCACCUCCCCUCCCAGCCCUGCAGCAUGGGGGGUGGGGGAGGUCUGGGGCUGGGGACAAUCCUGGCACGUUGCCAGAGGAGUUUAAUGUGGGGCCUGAGCCCAGAGGGCGGAUCCAGCACUUAGCCCUCCCGGUGCCCCCUACUGAGCGAAUCCCAUUAUGGCAGGGCCUCCGGGGGGUCCCGCUCAGCCCACUUCCCACCCUGGGGCUCGCCCACAUUCCUGCUGUGCCCAUCGCUGUGGUAUCUGGGCACCAAAGCUCUUCCCCAGCCACCCUCAGGCACCUGUGCCCGCUGGCAGACUCCGAGCCCUGGCUGGAGGCACCCGUCCUUAUGCAGCCCUCGGCUGGUAUCUCUGUCUCCCCGCUCUGGGCCCUGAGCCCUGCAUGGCUCCAGGGACCCCCCCCCCCCGCCAACACCCGGGGAAACCUGCCCUGGCUCGUCCCUCGACUGCAGCCCCAGCCUGCCCAGGGACACAGGCAGCCUCUCCAGCCCGCGCCAGGUGGCUGAGGGCUCCCUGCCCAGGAUCCCCCCAGUGCUGGCGCCCCUCAGGCCCUGUUGAGAAGAGGGUGGAUUGUCCCCUGAGGCGGGUUCAGAGGCCUGGGGCUUGUCUCCUGUUUCCCAAAGGGGUUUCUUUGCUGGGGGGGGCGGGUCCCGAUUGCAUCCCAGGGUUCCCAUAGGGUUUGUUUUUGCCUGCGGGUUGAGUUUGAGAGAAGCCACAACGUCUCCCUCCGCAUCUGUGUCCUUCUCCGAUAGUUAAAGCCAUAUCAGUUAGACUGCAAUACUUCCACGCACUCCGGCGAGCCGCCCCGCCACGCUCCCAGCCUGUGCAGAGGAGCAGACCCAGGCGGGAGCCCCCCGGCCCCAGCGUCCGCGUCUCAGGCCACCCAGUGGCCCGUGUGUGUUGCCGCAUUAGUGUUUGUGUAACAGGGUAAACACCCCAACCCUCCCAUCCUGUCUGCUAGUCACCGCACGAUGGUCACCGCAUGGCCCGGGGGACCCCAGUGCCAGGCGGGGCGACGGGGGGUGGACGGGCCCCAGGACUGGGACGGGAGGGCACUGCGCAGGGCAGUGGCACUCGCAUCCAGGGCUGACAAGAGCAGGGGAACGGGGAACAAUUGG